AGUUUCUGAUGUGAUUUGCCAUAAACAGCCUCGUCCGUGCAACAAAUGGAUAGAAGGGCGAUUUGGUAUACCCAACGGCAAAAAAUUCAUUUUUCCAAAUUUAUGUAAAAUAUGAGUGUCAUUUUCUGGGAUAAUACACCGUGUAGUCUGGCAAAAGUUUACAAACUUUCGUAACCAUAUCCCGUGCCCAACUUCGGUAAAAUAUCAAACACAGUACGACAUUCCAGAAUGCAAUAUCUUCAUUCUGACUGUUGUGAGAACUAAGGUCUCCGAUAUGUAGGCCACUUCGCUGUUUACUUUCGAAUCAAAUUAAUAUCUACCUGCGAAAUGUCCAUUACUAACCUUACGAACCUAACAAGCACACAACUCAUGCGACUCAUUGCGUGUGUAGUCACAUUUCCGAUUGUCUUCUUCAAGCCCCCUCAUACUCUCCGUGCGCAUGUGGACAUACUUUCUUCCGCCCUCAGUUUCUGGUGCACCUAGUAGAUUCAGCCAGAAAUAGCGCACAUUUAGAAGAAACCGGGUUCGAACCUCAGUUAUCCUAAAUAAGAGCUUCUUAUUUCUCUUGUUCACUACAUUUACUACGCCAGGCCUUCUCAGAUUCCUCUCCUUUCCUUCGCAAAUAUUGGGAGCGGAAAUUGAAUUGGUGAUAAAUAUGACGAAUAUGACAGUACUUCAUAAAGCUGUCAGAUGUCGUGGUUGUAUGAAAGUAUAAAAUUGGGCGCAAUUAUUGGAAUGUGGUGUAUUUUAUACGGUUCUUUGUUUAGAAUCGACAAGGGUUUUAAAACAACGCACUGCAUUUAAUAAUUUAUAUGUGCUUGUCGGUCAGUGCUGAGCGGCUGCGCAAGGUGUUGGUCGCCCUGACAGUGUUCACUGUGGUGCUGAUCGCCGUACUGUACUGGGGUCGACUCGAGGACCUGCAGCCCGCCCUCAGGAUCAACUUGCCGAGACGCUGGGCAGUGGACGACCUGUGGAGCUGGGAAUGCGAGAGCGAGCAGUGUGUGCGCCGAGAGCAGAGGGGUGCCCGCACAUCGCUUGCCACCUGCCGAAUGCAAUGCGGCACUGCCCCUCUGUGGCCACGCCCGACUGAGGUUUCGGACCUUGGGUCCCAGUCUGCCCCUUUCUGUCUGCAGGCAUUGCGGAUCGAAGUACACAGUGUCCAGAUUCGAGCCCUGCUCGAACAAGCCUUCGCAGUGUUUCGCGGGAACUUGGAGGCCCUGGUGCCAGAUUCAUGCUCCGAGGAACCCGACAAAGGCAGACUGAGCGACUUCAUGGUGAGUGUGCAGGUUGAGAGUGAAGACCGCGACCCCCUGCUGACACUCAGCACCAACGAGAGCUACCAACUGGAGGUGUGCCGCGCAGGCGGGUCGAAGCUUCGAGCCGAGGUUCGUGCGCAGUCAUUCUUCGGCGUUCGGCACGGCCUGGAGACGCUUUCGCAACUGGUGUGGUGGGAUGACACGUCCUUGCGCGUCCUCACGCGUGCCCACAUUCGGGACGCGCCCCGGUUUGCUCACCGUGGUGUGCUGUUGGACACAGCACGUAACUUCCUGCCUAUAGGCGCAUUGCGUGCUACAGUGGACGGCCUGGCCGCCUGCAAACUGAACGCGCUGCACUGGCACGUCUCGGACUCACACAGCUUCCCUUUCGACUCACCCAGGAUACCAAACAUGUCGCGCUACGGGGCGUACUCGCCGGAGCAGGUGUACAGCGCGCGCGACGUGGCUGGGCUCGUGGCUUACGCGCGCGUGCGCGGAGUGCGUGUGCUGAUGGAGGUGGAUGCGCCUGCGCACGCGGGCAACGGCUGGCAGUGGGGGCCCAACCUCAGUGUGUGCGUGAACAGGCAGCCCUGGGACCUGUACUGCGGUGAACCUCCCUGCGGACAGCUGAACCCUGACAACAAACAGACGUACGCCGUGUUGGGCGCCCUGUACAGGGACCUGGUGGAGCUCACGAAUGUAACGGAUAUGUUCCACCUGGGGGGUGACGAGGUCAACCUGCACUGUUGGGCGAGCGAGUUGAGCGGGCCAGUCGGCCACCAGGAGCUGAUGGCCAAGUGGGGAGAGUUCCAGCAGCGGGCCCUGCAGGUCCUGGAGGUCGCCAUGGGGGGCACUGUCCCCGCCGCCGUGGUGGUCUGGUCCAGUCAGAUAACUCGCCCACCCUACGCGCACCUGUAUCUCGACCCCCGGGUGUAUGUCAUACAGACCUGGGGUGCUAGCGGCUGGGGCGAGGCUCCCGCAGUACUUCAGGCCGGGUUCCGCGUUAUUUUAUCACAUGUUGACGCCUGGUACCUCGACUGCGGGUUCGGCGACUGGCGCGGCGCCUGCAACCCGGUGGUGUCCUGGCAAACAGUGUACCAGCAUCGGCCCUGGACCGAGCUCGAGCCGCGCGCCCUCGUUUUGGGAGGAGAGGCGUGUCUGUGGAGUGAGAUGGUGGAUGAACACUCGCUGGACGCGAAGCUGUGGCCUCGAGCCGCAGCGUUUGGCGAACGGAUGUGGGCCGACCCUGACCUGGACGAUCUAAUCCUGAGGGACGCGCACGGCAGGCUGGCAGUGCAGAGGAAGCGACUGGUGUCGCGAGGAAUCAGGGCAGAUGCGCUGUGGCCCCAGUGGUGCGACCAGAACCCAGACAGCUGCCUAGAGCCCCUCGACACGGACCUGAAGCCCGUAUCAAGUUAAAGACACGUUGCGUCUGAUGGUCUGGAGCCCCACUGGAGGCACAUGAGCAGAUAUUGGUUUUGUCCACGUGAGGUGCCCUCUCUGACAAGGGGCCGGGUUUGUCAUUUGUCAAAUCAUGACAGUAAUAAGUCAGUUAUCAAUAUGAACCCAGUAUUUACAGUUUACAUGUUAUUACAGGGUAAGGCACAAUGCAUAUGUAUAUACAAUACAUACAAGGCCUUCUGUCAGUCCAGGGCGAGGACAGCAGAUCAUACCCUAUCUUAAGUACAGCGGCAGACUAGUCACUUGAAGGGUCGUAUGCUUGACUUCACCAAAUUUUAGGCCUGUUAUAUUUCCGUGUCGGGGUUCGCCUCGUCCAAUAUUGGGAACAUGUUGUAAGGCUUCUGCUUAUGUCUAUAUAAUUUCUUUAUAUAACAAUGUACAUGUGGAAGUUGGAAACGAAUGAAACGACUUCUGUUGUGUCCGAAAUAAAGGGAUGCUUCCAAACCCAUCACGUCUUGUG